CAAAACAUACAUACAUAUCGUCUUGUUCAUCAUGUCAAGGGUCCCUGAGCCACUUACCGUUGGGAGAGUUAUAGGAGAAGUGGUGGACAAUUUCACCCCAAGUGUUCAAAUGACGGUAACGUACAACCCCAACAAACAAGUCGCCAAUGGCCAUGAGCUCAUGCCUGCUGCCAUCUCUGCUAGGCCUCGUGUUGAAAUCGGCGGCAACGACAUGAGAGACGCUUACACUUUAAUCAUGACAGACCCCGACGCUCCAAGCCCUAGUGACCCCUUCUUGAGAGAACAUUUGCACUGGAUGGUUACCGACGUUCCUGGUACUACCGAUGUUUCGUUUGGGAGGGAAGUUGUUAGCUACGAGACUCCAAAUCCGGCGGUCGGCAUCCACAGAUACGUGUUCAUACUUUUCAAACAGAGAGGAAGAAGAACGGUGAAGUCACCGUCUUCGAGGGAUUACUUCAACACCAGGAGGUUCUCGGCGGAGAACGGUUUGGGUCUUCCGGUAGCGGCGGUGUACUUCAAUGCCCAGAGAGAAACUGCUGCAAGAAGAAGAUAACUAUGGCUGCCCCAUAGACAUUAAGUAUAAUAAAAUGAAGGAAAAAUUAACAAUCUAUUGACCUGUCCUUGGUUUAGGGAUUGACACGUAUGGUUUCUAGCAGAUUAGUUCUACAGUUAAGAAUCAAUCUAGUGCGCUGUCGACUGUUGGGUUGGGCGACUCUUAUUAUCAUGUAAGAACUAGGUUUCGGUUCUGCCUGUCUGCGUCAAAAAAACCAUUCUUCGUCGCCAAUGAUGUUAUGGUAUUGGGUUAUUACUAUACGAUGCGUUGCUAUUGUCGCUUGUGUAAAAUGUCUAAUAUUUCAACAACAAAAAAUGAUUUUAUAUUUCUUUAGUUGUAUAAAAAAAUAUUUUUAUAUUUACACCUGUUAAACAAAUAAUAUAUUAUUUGAUGCUUGAGUUU